AUGCCCACAAGGUUUAUUCUCAUCCUACUUAACGGCGUCGAUCUAGGCCUGCUGCCCCAGUUCUAUCAAGCUGCCAUUGAUGGAUCGUUCAACGACAGUAUGAUCCCAAAAAUAACAAUUCUUGUUACUCUGCUGGUAUUACAGUUCCUGCUUCUCAAGGCUACCUAUCGAGCAAGCCUGCAUCCGCUCGCCAGAUACCCUGGCCCAUGGUGGGCUGCACUAACCGACUGGUAUACUGUGUACCAUAUCAUGAAAGGAGAUCGACACAUUGACUUCUACCACUUACAUGAGAAAUACGGAGACAUUGUCAGAUUUGGUCCCCGUCGCAUUUCCGUUCGGUCCAAAAACCCGCUCAAAGACAUCUAUGGCGUGAGCGCCAACGUCAAGAGAUCACAAGUCUACGCCUCAACGGCUGCCUUUUUCGGCGGAACGCCUCAUUCUAAUACUACGCCUGAUUGGAAGGAACACGCGUUCAGGCGCAGAGUGAAUGUUCGUGCACUCAGCCCCGCGAACAUCAAAGGCAUGGAGGAGAAAAUCCUGCAGAAUAUUCGAUACUUUCAUGAUACCCUUGUCGAUGGUGAAGGGCAGGACUGGAGCACCCCGCGCAAUAUGAGUGAGCUGAUUGGAUACCUCAUCUCAGACAUUAUGGGCGACAUGACGUUUAGCAAAAGCUUCGAUGUCCAGAGAAAGCCCGACAACCGCGAUGUUAUGAGGGGUCUGCCUCGCGCUGUCGCGGAUAUCCAUGCAGUAGGUUAUAUGCCAGAGAUCGUUACGUUCGGCCUUCACAAGAUAUUUUUCCGAAACAUGAUCGCUGACAUCACUCGAUUUAUCGCCCUGAGUGCAUCUACAUUCCAGUGGCGCUUCACCCAAGAAAGCUGCAACGACAUCUUCUCGACGCUGUUGCAGGCGCGCGAUGAUAAGACUGGGGAAGGCUUCUCAACUGAGCAACUCGUGGCUGAGGCCGGGCUCUUCACGGUUGCUGGAUCUGAUACCACUGUCACCGCGACAACAGCGAUCUUUUUCUAUCUUUCCCACUAUCCCAACUGCCUUUCUCGCCUUGAACAAGAAAUCCGUAGCACCUUUUCCAGCGUUGACGAUAUCCGCAUUGGUGCACAACUUGCCUCUUGCCAUUAUCUUCUCGGAUGUGUCGAGGAGACACUCCGCCUUACUCCUCCUGUUGGGUCUACACUGAUGCGUGAGGUGUUACCAGGAGGUCUCUCUGUCGAUGGAAAGUGGUUUUCCCGGGGAACGGACAUAGCUGUGCCGCAUUAUGCUCUGCAUCACGAUGAGCGCUAUUUCCCGGAUCCCUUUACUUUCAAGCCCGAACGAUGGCUUUCACAAACUACAGGAUGUUCCAACGCCAUCGAUGUCGGUGUUGCCCCAGAUCUGGAACCAGAACCGGCAGACAGUGUGCGCGAGAAGAGUGCAAGUCCAGGAAGCCUUGCAGCCAGUGUCUUCGUCGCCUUCGGCGUCGGCAGGACGUCGUGCAUCGGGAAGUAUCUUGCAUAUCAGGAGGUGCUGCUCGUAAUUGCGCGGACGCUCUGGCUAUUUGAUAUGCGUCUCGAACGGGGGUCCACACUUGGGGAGGGGAGCGUGAAACUGGGGCCUGGAAGGGAGAGAAGGGAAGAGUUUCAAACAUGGGAUCGGUUUGUGAGUAUGCAUCAGGGGCCAAUGCUACAAUUCAGGCGACGAGAGCUUCUGAGUAUUUAGCUCUCGUGCGCUGGGUCGACGAGUGGAUGAAGAGCGGUACGGAGCUGAUGUCGGAGUAUAGCUGCCGUAGUGGACGUUCUCUGACACGAAUGUGGUCGACGUCCCGACAUCAACUCUUUGGAUUAGUGGGUGCGAUUCAAACCUUACAGUGGUCUUUGUAGUACCUUACAAUGAAAAGGA